UGAAGAAGAAGGAGGAGGAGGAGAGAAGGACAAGAUGAAAGUAGGUGGAGGAGAAGGAGAGAAGAAGAAGAAGACUAGAGGAGGAGGAGGAGGAGGAGGGCUGCAGUCUGCUCGGUUCAAUUUUUUUUUGGGGCAUGAAAAAAAAAAAAGAGGAAAGGGAGAUGGCAGGCAGCGGGAUAUGGCGGACCAUAUAAUAUGGCUGGCAGAUGUGCGAAAUGGCAGGCUGUAGGAUAUGGUGGAGGAAGAGAGGAUGAGGAAGAAGAAGAUCAAGAAAGGAGGAGGAGGAAGAAUACGAAGAUGAAAGGAGGAACUUCAAGAAGAAGAAGACGAGAGGAGGGGGAGAAGAAGAAGAAGACGAGACGAGGAGGAGGAGGAGGAGGAGGAGAGGAAGAAGAAGAAGAAGACAAGACGAGGAGGAGGUGGCGGAGGGGAGGAAGGAGGAAAGGAAAGGAGGAGAAAGAAGAAGCAGACUUGGAAAAAAAAAAGACGAGAGUUGGAGGAGGAGGAGAGAAGAACGAGGAGAAGGAGGAGGAGCUGCCAAUUGUGUAUGGCGAUGACGAGACAAAAAAAAAGGCCGAUGGAGGAGGAGGAGGAGGACAGAAGAACGAGGAGGAGAAGGAGGAGCUGCCAGUUGUCUAUGGCGAUGAAGAGACAAAAAAAAAGGCCGAUGGAGGAGGAGGAGGAGGAGGAGGCGAGAAAAGAAGAAGACGGAAUGAGGAGGAGGAGAUGAGAGGAGAGAGGGAAGAAGAAGACGAGAGGAGGAGGAGAGGAGAAGAAGAUGAAAUGAGGAGGAAGAGGAGGAGAGGAGGAGAGGAGGAGAAGAAGAGAGCAGGAGGAGAGAAAAGAAGAAGAAAUGAGGAAGAGAGAAGAAGAAGAAGACGAGGAGGAGGAGAGGAGGAGGAGGAGAGAAACGAAGGAGAUGAAAUGAGGAGGAUGAGGAGAGAAGAAGAAGAGGACAAGAGGAGAGGAGGACGACAACAAAGAGAAAAGAAGACGAAAUGAGGAGGAGAGAAGUAGAUAAGAGGAGGAGGAGGAGGAGAGAAAAGAAGAAGACGAAACGAGGAGGCAGCGGAAGAGGAGUGCAGAAGAAUAAGAGGAGCGAAGAAAAGAAGACGAUGGGAAGAUCGACGACGACGUGGCAGAUCAAUGAUGGGCAGUGCGUUGGGAGCUCCACACAAGGAGGAAGAGGAGGUCGGCUAUGCGCAGAGGGCACCUGGAUGACGAUGGGCCAAAGGCAGAUCGAUGACAGCUCGCCAGGGGCAGGUCGAUGGUGGCGGGCAGCUCGAUGACGACGGCAGGGCUUCAAGCUUUGUGC